CUUCGUGACCCUUCUCCCCAUUUCGAGUCUCCUCGACAAGAACGGACUCUUGUUCAUCUCAUUCGAGUCGCAGUCUGUGACCGGUCAGGCAGGCAGCUCAACGGUCCUCGACAGGCAGGCUCUCUCCAUAUCCACUGUCCUUCCAGUCUCCUCCCCCUCCCCUGCCCUUACCAGAGGCCAGAGGGUUGAAUUUUUCCUUACUGGAGCGACUUGGAGACAGUUUACGAGAUAACAACAACACCAAAAGUCCACAAUGGCUACGGCAGAGAUUGUGGCUGCUGAUGCCAGCUCCAACUAUGACUUGGAGAAGCACAACACGGCCAGCACCACGCAGAAGCACAUCCCCAUUGAGGACGACUAUGAGGGCAAGCCCACCCAGGAGGAGCUCGACACGCUCCGCCGUGUGCCCGGUAGUCUGCCCAUCAUUGCUUAUAUGAUUUGCAUCAUCGAGUUCUGCGAGAGAGCGUCGUACUACGGUGUCCAGCCCCUUAUUAGCAACUAUGUCAACCGCCCCCUGCCCCAAGGCGGCAACGGUUGGGGUGCUCCCGCCCGUGGCACUCAGCAGACUGCCGGUGCCCUCGGUAUGGGCCAGAGUACCUCCAACGCCGUCACUCAGUCCUUCUCCAUGUUGGCUUAUGCCCUGCCCCUCCUUUUCGGCUGGCUGGCCGACGCAAAGACUGGCCGCUUCAAGCUUAUCUGCUGGGGUGUCAUUGUCUUCGGUAUCGCUCACGUUCUCCUGAUCGUUGCCGGUGCCAAGAACCUCCUUGCCGACGGAAGCUCCAAGGCUCCCUUCUUCAUCGCCGUCUACAUUCUCGCCUUUGGUGCUGGCAUGUUCAAGCCCAACGUCUCUCCCCUGCUCCUCGAUCAAGUUACCAACACCAAGCCCAUGAUCAAGGUGCUCAAGACCGGCGAGCGCGUUAUCGAGGACCCCGAGGCCACCACUGAGCGUGUCAUGUUGUGGUUCUACCUCAUGAUCAACAUUGGUGGUUUCAUGGGUGUUGCCACUGCCUACUCCGAAAAGUACAUUGGCUGGUGGCUUGCCUUCCUCAUCCCUCUUGUCCUUUAUCUUCCUCUUCCCCUUCUCCUGUGGUUCCUCCGCAAGCGCCUCAUCCUCCACCCCCCCGGUGGUUCCGAUCUCCCCAACGUCUUCAGGGUUCUUGGUGUCUGCCUCCGCCGCGGAGGUAUCAAGAAGAUUGGUCGUCACGGAUUCUGGGAGCUGGCCAAGCCUUCCAACAUUGCUGCUGCCGGCCUUGAGGGUACCUACCAGACUCAAUGGAGCGACCAGUUCGUUGAGGAUGUCCGCCGUACAUUCCAGGGUACCGGUAUCUUCUGUUUCUUCCCUAUCCAGUACCUCAACGACAACGGUCUCGGCUCGGCCGCUAAUUUCUUGUCGACCAUGUUGAGAACGGAUGGUGUCCCCAACGACGUCAUCUCCAACUUUAACUCUCUCAGCAUCAUUGCUACUGCUCCCGUCCUCAAUUACGGCUUGUACCCUGCGCUUAGACGGCUCGGCAUCCACUACGGUCCCAUCGCUCGCAUCACCACCGGUUUGGCCCUGUCCACCCUCGGCGGUGUGGGCUACACGCUGCUCAACUACUACGCCUACAAGCUGUCUCCUUGCGGCGAGUACGGUUCCAGUGACUGCACCAUCGGCACCGGUGUUGCUAACAUUAGCAUUUGGUAUUUGGCUAUCCCCUUCGCCAUUGGUGGUAUUUCCGAGUUGUUUGUCAACGUGCCUGCGUACGGUAUUGCUUACUCGCGCGCUCCUGUCAACAUGAGAGGUCUUGUCUCUGCCAUCAACCUGUUUUCCACGGCUGUGGCCUACAUCAUCGGUCUUGCCUGCUCUUCGGUUGUUACCGAUCCCUACCUUACCUGGGACUUUGGUGGCCCCGCCAUUGCUGGCGGUGUCCUCACCAUCAUCUUCUACAUCACCUUCAGGCACAUCGACAAGGAGGAGACCGUCUUCUCCCAAAGAGAGACCAUUGAGGCCACUCCUGUCGAGGAUUCCAGCAGCCAGGUUGGCGAGAAGCCCUCUCCCGUUUAUUCCGAGAAGAAGUAAUAGCACAGCUGUGCAUGGGCUAGGAGGCGGUUACCCUUUGGCCUUAUCGACUUUUCUUCUUCUGUAUGCGACAAGCGGGCGGUCCAUUUGACAUGGGCAUGUUGGUAAUUUCGGUGGGAAUUGUAUUAUUUAUUUUGUGAUGAUUUGGAUAGUCAUACUUGGCGCAUCUUGCAUGGUUGGAUGAUCGGUUGGGUGGGUUCGGAAACUCACGGCAUAUCACGUCAUGAAGAUGAUCAUGAUAAAGGGCGGGCCAUUCGGACGUAAAUUAUGACUGGUUCGAGGAUGAAACGACCGCACAUGUACAUAUAACUAAUGAUACCAAAGAAGAACAAGCUGUAUAACAGUACAUAUCUGAGA